CUCUCAGUAUUUGCAUACACCUCGCGGCAUUAACAUGACAUUACGUUUGACGUUUUUUCCGUUGAGGAUUUUUGCAAAGAUUCGACGAAAAUUAAUUCUAGCGCUUUUUGGACUGCUUGUAAGCGGCAUAAUUCUUACUUACACAUUCCAACGAGACGUGAAAAAGGAGAUAACAUAUUUCAUAUGGAAGCAGGCGCAGCUGCAAUCCAACAGUACAAAUGUUCCCAGACCGCUCAAAGAUGUGCUGCUGACGGAACCUAAACCAAAACCCGGACGCACCAUAUUUUUUCUCGAGACCACGCGCAUUGUCAGGCCAAAACCAGAGAUGAUGAACAACAUGUUACAGCUGACGGCGCGCCAGGCUUGCGCAAUUGAGUCAGCGGCGUUGCAUAAUCCCACUUUCGAGGUGUUUGUCCUGUUCGCUGGUGCAACCUAUCGUUACCACGAGAACAGCAGCCAGCACCAGCAGCCGAUCAUCGAUGCAAUUCUAAGCUACGAAAAUGUGAAGCUUCGUCAAUUAAAUCUUAGACGUUAUGUGACCGGUACACCUAUAGAGGAUUGGGUAAAAUAUGGGGAACUGUUUGGCUCCAGUUUUCUGAUAAAUCAUAUAUCUGAUCUGCUCCGGUUUAUAACCCUCUAUCGCUUUGGUGGCAUCUAUUUGGACAUGGACGUGGUGCUCUUGCGCAGCAUGGAGGAUGUGCCCCUCAACUAUGCAGGCGCCGAGUCGGAUUCUCACGUUGCCAGUGGAGUCAUGAGCAUGGCGCCUCACGGCUUUGGGCAUCAGUUUGCCAAAUAUUGUCUACGCGACUUUCAGCGGCAUUUCGAUGGUGAUGCCUGGGGCAACAAUGGACCUGGUGUCAUUACACGCGUGAUACAAAGGGUUUGUCGCACUAAAAAUAUCACAUUGAUGAUGGAGGACGAAAAGCGCUGCCUGGGCUUCAAGGUGUUUGACCAAAAUGCAUUUUAUGCGGUGCCUUGGGAGGAUUGGCGACAUUUCUUUGAUCCGAAUUUACAGAAGCAGACGCUGGCACGCACAAAGGAUUCGUAUUUAGUUCACAUAUGGAACGACGUCUCCAAACAGAUUAACCGGGUGGGUUCAAGAACCGCUUAUGGAAUAUAUGCGCAGCAACAUUGUCCCAGGGUAUAUGCUGUAGCUGCCGAAUAUUUCUAGGGUAUAGUUUAAUUUCUUUUUAAAAAAGAUUCCAUACGGAGGAAGAUUUCCAAUUUGACUGCCAAAAAUGCCUCGUUCGCAUCCAUCCACAGCAAAUUUAAUGUAAUAUAAAUACAGCUAGCAAUUGUAAUACUUAAAUAUAUGUAUGUAUGUGUUAAUA